AUGCUUCUCACCAUCACUUCAUAUCUCCUCAAGCCAAAUCGUCUUUCUCUAAAUUAUCUACCAGCUAUACGAUCAUCGUACGCACUUACAACGCCGACUUUGAGAGGUAUAACACCACCAAGGACUAGUAUCAGCUGUUCUCCUUAUUCGACUUUCAAGAAGAAAAAGCGACUCGCCAUGGCUCUGAAAAAUGGGGUUGAGAAUGAAGAGGUCAAGGCCAAGGUCAUCGAUGGAACUGGGAUCGCAAAAGCCCUUCGAAGUUCCAUCUCCGAAUCCAUCUCCUCUUUCCACACCGCCAACCCAAGUUUUCGUCCUCCUCACUUGACAAUCUUCCAACUCGGUUCCAGUCCCGCCUCCUCCACUUAUAUCCGUAUGAAACUCAAAGCUGCUCAAGAAAGCGGUAUGACCGUUUCUCAUAUUUCUAUUCCUUCCGAUCUCGAAUCUUCCUCUCCAACAGGAACAGGAGUGAAGAAACUCUCUGAACUUGUACAUAAAGCCAAUGCGGACGAAACUGUUUCUGGUAUCCUCGUUCAACUUCCUCUUGAGGGAACUACAAAAGAAGAAGAAAAAUCCAUUGUUGAUUCAGUAAACGUUUUGAAAGAUGUCGAUGGAUUUCAUCCUGAAAAUAUCGGUUUACUCAAUUCCCGUCUUUCCGAACCAUAUUUCACACCUUGUACACCAGCGGGAGUUAUAAAACUUAUCGAAUCUACAGAGUUCGAUCUUCGAGGUAGUCAAGCUGUCGUUUUGGGUAGAAGUGAUAUCGUCGGUACUCCCGUCGCUGCUUUACUCCGAAAGAAAGAUGCCACAGUAACUCAAUGUCAUUCAAAAACUAAAAAUUUACGAGAUAUCGUAAAAACUGCAGAUGUGGUAGUUGCAGCCAUUGGUAUACCAGAGUUCGUCCUUGGAGAAUGGCUGAAACCAGGUUGUAUAGUUAUCGAUGUGGGAAUCAAUUAUGUUCCUGAUUCAACCAAAAAGUCAGGUCAACGUUUAGUCGGUGAUGUUCAUUUCGAAUCUGCAAGUCAAGUCGCUAGUUAUAUCACACCUGUUCCAGGGGGUGUUGGUCCGAUGACAGUUGCGAUGCUCAUGAACAAUACUUUCGAAGCUGCGAAACGUACUUGGCGUAUCAAUCGAGAACGAAAGAUUAUCCCUCUACCGUUGGACGUCAAGGAAAACGUACCGAGUGAUAUCGAAAUCGCUACUGCUCAAACUCCAAAACCUGUCGCAGAAUUGGCAGCAGAGAUGGGUAUACAAUCAGAUGAGUUGGAAAGUUAUGGGAAAUAUAAAGCCAAAGUAGAGUUGAGUAUUUUGGAACGUCUCAAAAAUCGAAAAGAUGGGAAAUAUAUUGUCGUCGCGGGUAUCACACCUACUCCUCUCGGUGAAGGGAAAUCGACUACUACGAUUGGAUUAGCUCAAGCUUUAUGUGCUCAUCUUGGUAAAACGGCAAUUGCAUGUGUUCGACAACCCAGUCAAGGUCCAACAUUCGGUGUUAAAGGUGGAGCUGCGGGAGGAGGAUAUUCUCAAGUUAUUCCUAUGACAGAAUUCAAUUUACAUCUCACAGGAGAUAUUCAUGCCGUUUCAGCAGCUAAUAAUUUAUUAGCUGCCGCUAUAGACGCACGUAUGUUUCACGAAUCUACUCAAACCGAUAAAGCUUUAUUCAAUCGACUUUGUCCAUCUAAAAAAGGAAUUAGAACUUUUGCAAAACCUAUGAUUGCAAGAUUGAAGAAACUAGGUAUAGACAAAACCAAUCCGGACGAUUUAACAGAUGAAGAAAUUUCAAGAUUCGCUAGACUUGAUAUGGAUCCAGAAACGAUAACUUGGAAUAGAGUGGUUGAUACAAACGAUCGAUAUCUCCGUUCUAUAACAAUAGGUCAAGCACCAACAGAAAAAGGUUCUACAAGACAAACUGCAUUCGACAUUUCUGUCGCUUCUGAAUGUAUGGCAGUUUUAGCUCUUUCAAAAGAUCUUUCCGAUAUGCGUACAAGAUUAGGUCGAAUGGUAGUUGCAACUUCAAAAUCUGGUGAACCUAUAACAGCAGAAGAUAUAGGUUGUGCUGGUGCGAUGACGGUUUUAAUGAAAGAUUCAAUCAAACCUACUUUGAUGCAAACUUUAGAAGGUACACCAGUUUUCGUACAUGCUGGACCUUUCGCAAAUAUCGCACAUGGUAAUUCUUCCAUUAUAGCCGAUAGGAUCGCUCUCAAAUUGGCAGGAACGGAAGAAGGCGAUGGAGAUGAAAGACAAGGAUAUGUGGUCACUGAAGCUGGGUUCGGUGCGGAUAUAGGAAUGGAGAAAUUCUGUAAUAUAAAAUGUAGAGUCAGUGGUUUGUUGCCUAACGCUGUGGUUUUGGUAGCUACUGUUAGGGCUUUGAAAAUGCACGGAGGAGGUCCGAUCGUUACACCUGGUAAACCUUUAGACGCGGUUUAUACAAAAGAAGAUUUGGAUUUGUUAAGGAAAGGUUGUGGGAAUUUGGGGAAACAUAUUGAGAAUGCAAAGAAGUUCGGAUUGAAGGUUGUGGUAGCUAUCAAUAAGUUUUCAAACGAUACCGACGCCGAAAUCUCUCUCAUCCAAUCUUACGCUCUAUCCGUAGGAGCAGAUCACGCCGUUCCUUCCUCUCAUUGGUCAUACGGUGGACCAGGAGCAUCAAAACUAGCUCAAGCAGUGAUAGAAGCAUGUUCAACACCUUCUUCAUUCCGAUUCCUUUACCCUUUAUCUCUUUCUUUAAUCGAAAAAAUCACAAUCAUAGCUAAAGAAAUGUACGGAGCAUCUUCGAUUUCUUUAUCACCAAUGGCAAAAGAAAAUGUGGAUAAAUAUACUUCUCAAGGUUAUGGAGGAUUACCGAUUUGUAUGGCUAAAACAGCUUUGAGUUUAAGUGAUGAUCCGAACAAAAAAGGAGUCCCGGAAGGUUUCGUUUUACCUAUAACGAAUGUCAAGUUAAGUGCUGGAGCAAGUUUCGUUUAUCCUUUAGUUGGGGAUAUGAGUACUAUGCCUGGUUUAACUACCAGACCUGGGUUUUAUGAUAUUGAUUUGAAUGUUGAUACUGGGGAAGUUGAAGGGUUGUUUUGA